UUUCCUCCAGGGCGGUUUUUUUGGAAGUUGGGGCCGUUCCGAUGCUAUGAUUUAAAGUCAUAUAUCUCGACAACAAGUUCGCUUAAAUCGAAUAACUUCUUCAAACUUAACAGCUAGAUAUCGAUUACAGUUUCAGAAAGAAUGGAUGACUCUACGAAACGUUUAUUACAGCAGCUCGUCAGACGGAUACCCACACAAAUGCUGAAAACAACGCUGGAAAAGUGGGGCCGUUUGACGACGGAGCAGCAAAAGUCGCUGGACUUCACGCAGCCAAAAUGGGUGUUAACGGAAAAUCUGCUCGCCUUCUGUGAAGAAAAUGGUUGGACGACUAAACACAUCACAGAACUUGAGAUGAUUUAUGUUACUGACAGUCCAAACCAGGGGAUGUGGUAUGCCUUCCAGCUCCUAGACCCUGAAGACGAUGCCCCCUCUGUGGAGCUGACCCAGUUCAAGGAACAAUUCAAAAUUCACCUAACUGAGCUUAUCAGACAUGUAUCUAUCAAAAUAAAGAAGCACACAGAUGAGGCUGUAUGGAUUCGAAUUGCCUGGGGGGAUAGCUUCUCUCGGCCCAACCACCUGAAACCAACAUAUGUUGUUCACCACCUUCAGACUCCUUAUGUCUUUAUGUCCAGUGUUACUCGGAAGCAAAAGCCCCUGUUGUCCCAGGCCUUAGUCUUAGCCACCAGAUACACUGCCAUAAAGGAUGCUCACCUCAGUGGACGGAAGCUCACUGCCAUCAGGGAUGUGGUGAUGAAGCAAUAUCAACAGGUGUUUCCCACCAAGUAUCCAAGUCCUCUUCUGGAACAGAAUCAAACUGCAUCAAACCCACUCAUAAAAAGAGAGCAAGCUGAAUCUUCAGAGAACAGACAUCAGAUGGCCUGUGAAGCCUUUGGUUAUGGGAUGGUACCUCAACUGCAAACAGCAGUUUACAAGCUGGAGACAAAAUUCAGAGGCAUCACCAACAAGACCAUGACAGAAAGGGGUGAACCCAUCAGAUGUGUUGUCAAAUUUACAAGCACCAACCUCCUGGAAUCAUUCAGAAACUGCGCAUCUUCAGGAAUUGCCUCCACCCCUGUCACACCCCUGCUGUCAUCCAUCACUCAAAAAGGAAGGAAUUUUUUUGUCAUCACAGACAAUGGCCGUGGUCCCUCUUAACAGACACCUCAUUUGAGAAAAAGAUGUGUCAGAUGCUCAAUGUAGAAGACAUAUUGACUGUUUUCAGUUUCUCCAUGUCCAGUUCAUCCAUGGUUUAACAUUGCUCACCAUUCUGCCAGUUGAUCUGCUCACCCAGGUGACGUUAGCUGGAUGUUACAUUUGGUGCAGAUUUGAUUUUAUAUCGGUGGACUGGUGGUUGAACUGGUUUAACCUGUCUUUAAGACAUUAUUUAUGUCUCAAGUAAAUGCAGAAUGGAAGUUUUUAAUACUUUGUGAAUAUUUGUGACAUUUUACCUUUUAGCUAGGCUUAUAUAUAUAUAUAUACAUAUAUACACUUAAUAAAAUGCAUCUUUGUGAUUUUAUUCCAAA